AUGGGUGAGGAGGGUGCGACGACGGUGCCGCAGGACACCGAAAAGCCUGGAGAGGCAAAAGAGGAGCUGCCGGCGCCCGUGAAGCCCGUGACGCAGGCGCCAGUGCAGCUGAGCUUCCAGCCCGGCGCCACCUGUGGCGGAAGUGCCGGGAGUGGGCGGCGGUUCCUGGCGUGGAACGAGCACGGCUGCCUGAAACUGUGCCCGCGCCGGGUGCAGGUGGACUACUUCAAGUGCCGGGACAGAUCGGCGCCCCGGGAGCUGCCCAGCUUCGAGGGGUUGGAGUUCGGGGCGCUGGGGCCCAACUUCUGCGCGCUGAGCUCGGCGCGAAAGGUGCUGCUGCACCUGGCAACGCCGUUCCUCUCCUCCCGCGCCUGCUUCGAGCAUGAGCUGCCCUUCAUGGAGAGGGUGGAGGCUCUGGCGGUGGGGAGUUUCGUGGCAGUCUUCGUGUCUCCGCAGCGGCUGCUCCGGAUCUUCAGCACCUCCUUCCUGCCGGUGGCGGUGCUGGCCAUGUGCGGGGACUGCGUGGCCAUGGUGGGCUCCGAUGAGCGGCUCUUCGUGGUGCUCCAGCGAUGUCGUGGCCGGAGGCGCGAGAACCAGCUCCACUUUGUCCUCCUCGACGUGGAGAAAGGCUCGCGGAUCGCCGGCGGCCCGCUGCCGCUCUCGCCGGCCUCCACGCUGCGGUGGAUCGGCUUCGAGGGCGCGCGGCCGCUGGCCUUGGACUCCGCGGGCCAGGUGCGGGCCCUGCACGGCCCAGGCUGGGUGCCGGUGGCGCAGCUGAGCCCGCAUCAGUGGCCCGUGGAAGCGGAUGGCAAGGUGCUGCGGUGCCUCGAGGCGAAGAACGGCGAGGUCCGCGUGGGCGCGGCAAAGCGGCUCAGCUCCGUGGCUCUGCAGGCCCCGUUCGAAAGCUUCGUGCCGCUGGCGGCGUUGGACAGGGACCGCGCGGCGCGCAAGGCGGCGCUGCGGGUCUUUGAGGAGCAGGUGAAGGCCAAAGAGUCGGAGCUCGCGCUGGACGUGGCGCGGCACUUCUUGGCCGAGGUCCCGGCAGAGACGCUGCAGGCCAUCGCUGAGAAGGCCUCGGGAUCGAUGGGCGGGGAGGGAGGGAUGGAGCAUCAUGGCACCCAGAAGGCCGAGAGCUGCUGGGCGCUUUUCCACGAGGUGAAACCUAUGGGAAAGUGCGAGGUGCAACCGGGCCCCAAACGGGCGCCCUUCAUUUCACGACGCGAAGUAUUCUCCCCGCUUCGAGCGGGCAAAGUCAGCCGAAGUCAGCGCAUUUGUAGCGCCGCGAUGGCGCUGGCGCUGUUCGGCCAGGAUGACAAGCCGAAGUGGUUCUUGGAUGAUCUCAAGAAGCAGCCGAAGAGCCUCACCAGCACCACCUGCGAGAUGCAGAUCAUGGGCUCCCAGGAGGCCCUCACCAUGCCCAUCCAGCAGAGCACCACGGUCCAUGAGCUGAAGAUGUACAUCGCCAUGAAGAUGGGCAUUGACCCCGGUAGCCUGACCUUCGUGAUGAAGCAGGGCUGCAGCUGGCGCGUGCAAGCCGACAACGAGGAGGCCGCGCGGAAGGUCUUCGUGAAGGGCAUCAGGUCCUUCUCCCGGGAGAGGCACGUCUGGCCCAACCCCAUCGCCAUCAUCGGCACCGGGCAUGCGGGACUUAGACAGGCGAUGUGGUUCAUCAAGAACCAGGAGUUCAACUUCGUGGUCUACGACCGGAAGGACCUGGUGGGCGGAACCUCCUGGAUCGACCAGGCUAACGAGACCUCCAAGCUGCAGACGGAGCUGGGCACCUACCACCUGCAGUACGAUGAGGACAACCCGGUGCCCAAGAACAUGAGCACCUGGCCCUCCACGGCGGAGCUGCUGCAGCACUUCCGCGAGGUGGCGGAGGAGUAUGGCGUGAUGCCGUACACCAAGAUGUGCACCAACGUGAAGGAGAUGACGAUCAAGGUGGGGACCAAGCAGGAGCAGCAGGCCGAAAUGGCGCAGAAGGGCCAGUCGUGGGUGACGCAGACCUACUCCUUGUUGCUGGAGCCUACCGACGGCACAGGCGACGGCCGGGGCGACCGCAUCGGCGAGACGGGGGAGCCCUGCUACCAGGCGGACCACUCCGCGGUGAUCAUGUACCCCGGGAACCUCACGCUGCCGAAGCGCACCGAGCUCAAGGGCGAGGACACCUUUGAAGGACCCAUCUCUUACGCCAUCAUGAACGACUUUGAUUACAAGGCGGUCACUGGCAAGCGAGUGGGCAUCUUGGGGCACGGGGCCUUCGCGGUGGAGAACCUGAGAACCUGCCUGGAGUACUCCUGCUCCAAGGCGUACAUGAUCUGCCGGCGGAAGAACUUGGCGUGCCCGCGGGUUGUGUCCUGGUACAUCAAUCAGUCGGUGCAUCCCAUCAACGGGCCGCUGACCAUGAAGUCCUUCCUGCCCGCGUACAACCUGCUGGGCUUCGACCCGUGGACCUACUACGCGGUGAUGUCCAAUGACAAGCGCACCACAGUGACCAUCGCGCAGAAGUCCCGGUUCGGCAUAGGGGACGUGUACUUCCUCGCCGUUUCCAUGGGCAUUUGCGAGGUCAUCGAGGAAGAUAUCAAGCGGGUCAGCCCCAACGCCAUCCACAUGCAGAGCGGCAAGAAGGCGGAGGUGGACGUAAUCCUGAAGCUCUACGGGUUUAACGGCAACUUCGAGGUCGACCGCCUCAUGAACGUGAAGACGAUGACCGGGUACUGGGUGGACGAGGACUUCCGGCGCUACCUCAUCGCGGAGCCCAUCGGAGUGAACGCCACCAACUUUGGCGGCACCAGCUUCUCCCCUGGGGUCCGUGUCUGGGUGGACUAUGUGGCCUACUUCCUGUGGUACCCGAAAGACUGGCCGGGUCUGCGUGACUGCGGCCUCCUGCCCAGACACUCGGCGGAGCCGGAGGCGGAUCGCCCUGCCUAUGUGGUGGACGCGCGUCACGGCACGCAGACCUCCAUGGGAUGCAGCGCGGGGGUGCCGGCGCUCGGGGAGCGGCAUGCCAACUUGAACGCCCUGAAGCGGCAGAAGCAGCUGGAGUGCCACCCCACCCGCAAGUACCUGGAAGAAUGCCGCACCGAGUGGGAGGAGUACGGAAAGAAGUUCAAGGCGCUGGGCGCGCCCAAAGAUUGCCCGCCCUACCCGUACACCUACAAGAUCGUGGAGAACCUGCUGGCGGAGAACGAGGCGGAUGCCGCGUCGAAGAUGAGAUAGCCUUUCUAUUCCCUGCGGGCCUGGCGCGCGAUCGGCAGGGCUGGGCAAUCGAUCCCCCUUG